UAUAUUUUUUCAUGUUAUUUGUUGUGUUGUUAAAAACAAAAAUCUACAAGACGUUUUACUAAGCUAAAUAAUUGUUUAAUUUAAAUAGUGAAUGUAAUUGAAUAAUUACAUGAAGUGAAAUAUUUAUUAAAAUAAAAAAUGUUAUCAAAAAAAUUGAUGGACUGAAUAUAGAAAAUAAAAACGAGCAGAUAGUUCAGUGUAUAACCUAAAAUAAUUUCUAUUAUUGCUUAAAAAGUAAUAAAAUUUAAUUGUUGAAAAUAUAAAAGUGUGAAUCAAAGAAAAUAAAUAAAAUGGAUCUAUUAAAUCAGACAUUAAUAACUGAAGAAAAUCAAAGUCGUCAUGAAUCAUCAAUAGAUUCAUCAUUCUCAAUAAAUCAUGAUAGAGAUGUUAAAUUACAAGUUUCAAAUAAUAAUUUAAAAACAAUUAAUGUUGAUGAAUUUGAUAAUUAUCAAAAUACAAAGAGACCACGUUAUGAUGAUGAUGAAAAAAUUGGACCACACCUUGAUAUGACAGUAACAAGUGUUGAAAAUAUAUUAAAACCUGUUACAAUAAAUGAAGUACAAAAUACAGUUGAUAAUUUAGAUAAAAAAAUUAUUUAUAAGCCAAAAUUAACAAGAUCUAAAGCUAAAGAAUUAGCAAAAUCAAUGCCAGAUUUACAAUGGCAUUUAACACCAAAUAAAAUAAGAGUAUCACCACAAAUGCAAGCAUUAGUUGAUGAUGAUUUACUUCAUGAGGAUUCAUCAGAUGAUGAAUAUAUUCCACACAAAGAUUGUCGUCAACCCAGUGAAGAUGAUGAUGACAAUGUUAAAUUGAGUCUUCUCGAGUCUGAGCCACUAGCUCCAGUCAAAAUUGUUGAUAAAAAUCAAUCAAUUGAUACAAUUAUUACUCAUGGAUUUAUUCAUGAUAAUAAAGAUGAAGAUGAUGACAAUGAUGAUGAUUUUAAAAUUCCAGAACGUCUUAACUUCAAUGUGCCAACUGAAAAAGAAAGUAUUGGCCACCGAACAAGAUCAAAACUUUGUCUAAGUGAAACUCCAAUUGAACAACUUGAACGUGAAUUUAAUCCUCCAGAUAUUUCAUCAGACAUGGAUCAUUUUAGUUUUUUAGCUAGUGAUCCAAAUUGGGGUGCACUUGUUGAUGAACCGAUUCUAGAUGAUGAUGAUGAUGAAAAUGAUCCAAAUUAUAAUUUCUUGGAAGACAAUGAAAUUGAGACUGUUGAUAAAGAAGAGCUUCGAUCAGACAGAGGUGUUAGAAUAUAUAAAAGAGAAGUUAAUUUACUUUAUGAAGAAAUUGGUGAAUUAAUGAAUUUAAAUGAAAAUCAACAACCAAAAAAUAAAAGAUCAUUUGACAAUAGUUCUUUAGACUCAAGUCUCAAUGAUUCAACAAACAAAAUUAUCUGUGAUUCAUUGCAAGUCAAAGAGGAAUCAAAACUUCAAAAUGUUUUGACUGAAAAACAAUACUUAAUUAUUUCAUUUCAAUUUGAGCAACAUGUUCAAUUGAUGAGCCAACAUUUUGUUAUGUCUUACAUGCAUCCAGUCUCUGAAAUUCAUGCUCAAUCAAUAAAAUGCAAAAACAAUUUAAAUAAUUUAAAAAAUAUGCAGGAUCCAGAUCAUCCUCUGUUUAACAUUUCAAAUUUACCUGAUGCCUUAAAACUUGUUGAAGAUUGGGAGAAAAAAUUGGCUGAUAAACAAUUUUGUAAUAAUUAUAUCAGACAACUUGAGAUGGAUAUAGAAUAUGAAAAAAAACUUGAUAUAAGAAAACACAAAUAUAGUGCAAAUUUUAAUCCAGAAUUAUUUGAGCUGUUGAUGCACAGUAAAGCACUUAUGUAUCCACAGCUAUUGCCACAUACACCAUUCAGAGUUGUGACUCUUUAUAAAACAGUAAAUACAUAUUGUAAAUCUGAAGAAAAUUUACUUGCAAUUGGCCUGGAAAAAUAUUUACCACAAAUUAAAUCAAUGGAGAGAAAAUUUCAUACAAAAAAAUAUAAUCUGUACGAUGCUGUUUGUCACGUUAGCAAAGAUUUAAUGCCAACUCGUCGUCCAGAGCCAUUAAUGAAUUUAAUAAAAAAAUUACAAAGACAAGUACAACCUGAUAAUCCAGUACAAUUUUAUUUCAACAAUGGUUAUGCACCAAAAGUUACACACAAAGUUCCAUUAGAUCGUAAAAAAAUAUCACCAAAUGAUCGUAAAAUUUGGCUGUUGCCAAAAACAUGGCAGAGUUAUAUUAAUGAAAAUAAAAACAAUAUAUCAUUUAAAGUAAAUGAUGAUCCUGUAAAAAAUGCAUCAACAUUAGUUAAUGAUUUAUCAACUUCUUCUUACAAUAUGGUGAUUGAUGAGAAUUUGUUAAAUCCAAUUAUAUAUGUAAUGCCAAGUACUACAAGCUCAAGGGACAUACCUAUUAAAAUAGAAAUAAAAACAGAAAAUAAUGGCUCAGAAACGUCAUCAACAAGUAAAGAAAUAAAUGUACCACAAUUAAGACAAACAACACCUAGACUUGCUAAAAUUCGUAGUGUUCAAAAUAUGAAAUUAAUGACACAAGUAUCAAGUUCAUCUGGUAAAACAAAAAUAAAAACAGAUUCAUCAAAAAAUUCUGAUGUUUCAUGUGGUGGUUCAUCAUCAACAAAAUCAUCAAAAGGUGAUAAUGAAGAUGAAAUUGCUGAAUUAAUGUUGGCAAGUACAACAAUUAAAAAAAAUACAGCUCUUCGUAAAAAAGUCAAAGAAGCAAAUGCAUGUGAACGUAUGAAAAAUUUGUUGGAAAAUGAUAGUGAUGUUAAAAAAAAUGAAAAUAGAAAAAAAUUUGCUAAAUCAUAUAUGCAAAAACUUCAUUCCACACUUGAAUUAAAUAAUCCAGAAGUAUUAAAAACUGUAAUGAAAUAUUUUUUAGAAUAUUAUGAUAAAAUUGAACUUGUACAAAAUAAUUGUGAAGAUGAAUAUGAUAAAUUAGCAAUAAAACUUUACAGAGAUGUUACAAAUGCACUUGUUACUUAUCCAACAUUAUCAAGUGAAUUUUUAUUUUUUUUAACACCACAACAAGCUAAAAUAAUAAAUAAAAUAGAAGAACAUACAAUGUUGAUGAAUAUGAGUGAAUUUAUAAGUGGAUCACAAGCAUAUUUUGCAAAACAACCAUCAAGAAUAUCAAAAAUAAUUCAAGCAUUAACACAAUUAACAAAUGAACCAUCAAAUACAAUGGAAAAUGUAAUUUCAACAAUGGAACCAUUGCUAAAAGGUCAUGAUGUUAUUAUGGAUUUAUUUUUAAAAAUAUUUCCAAAUGGAAAACCACCAGAGAGUCUAUUUGUUCCUUCAUUAUUUGAAAAUUUAAAAUUUCCAGUUGGUCCAUUUGAUAAAAAUAAAGUUUACACUGAUGAUUCAUCAGAGCUAUAUGAAAAUAUUGACCUACCAAGUACAAAUAUAGAAGAUAAUUAUGGUGGUGAUAAUUGUAAAUGUGAUUGUCAUGAAAAUAUUAAUACAAAAUCAGGUAAUAAUGAUCAUUGUAAAUCAUGUGGUGUUAGAUAUUUAAAUGGUAAAGUAUAUUUACAAACAUCAGAAGGUUUAAGACCAGCAAAAGUUACAUUUGAAGGUGAUGAAGAAGAAACAAUAGAAAAUAUUGCUCGUGUAUCUGUUAAAACAACUGAAAAUUUACAAGCCACAACAUCUGGAAAAAGAAAAAAAACAUCUAAAAAUGUUGCUACAAAUGAUGAACAAAGUAAUGCAACAUCAAAAAUUUCACCGAUAAAAGAUAAUGAUGAAAUUGAUAAAACAACAUCUAAAACAAAACGUGGAGCGAAAUCACCACCAAAAUCAAUUGAUCAAAAAAAACAAUCAAAAUUAGAUACUAAUAUUAAUUCGGUUAAUUCAACAAAUGAAAUUACAUCACCAAUUAAAAGUAAACGUGAAAAACGUGCUGAAAGAAGAGAAGCAAAAUAUGAAUUAAAAAAUUCAGCUACUGAAUUACCUAAAAUAAAUAAUGUAUCAUCAACAGUAUCAUCAAAUAGCCAUGUUGAUUCAUCAAAUAAAUUAAAUCAAAUUGAAAUAAUUAACUCAGAUCCAGUUGUUGAAAAUAAUAAUUAUGAAGUUGUUGAAAAAUCAGAGCCAAUGGAUGUAACAGAGACAACAAACAGUCCAACAAUUUCAAAUGAAAAAAGUAAUUCAUCUUCAAAUAAACCCUGGACUAGACAAGAAGACAUGAUACUACUUCAAAAUAUACAAAAAGAUUAUUCAGAUAGUACAUUUGUACUGAUUGCUGAAUUACUUGGUGAUAGAACAAUUGAUGAAGUGAAAAAACGCUUUGAAGUAUUACUUGAAACUUUAAAAACAAUUGUUUAAAUAACAUUACAUAAUUUAUUAAUUACUUAUUAUAUUAUUAUCAACUUAAUGUGAUAAAAAAAAUUAUUAAUUUGUAAUAUUUUUGUUAUUAUUUUUCAACAAUCACUUAUGUCUAAGUAUUUAUUAAGAAAAUUGAUUUUUCUUUUAUUUUUUCAGUUAUACUUAAUAUAAUUUAUUUAAUAAAUCACCUGUAUGACUGAUAAAAUUAAUUUAUAUUUAAUUCACAAUAAAAUACCAUAUGUACAAAUUAAUUUCGUUAUGAGUUAUCAGAAAAAAUAAAAUUAAUUUUGUUCAUAACAAUACUGAAAGCCCACAAUGUAAACAAUUUAAUUUUUAUGAUAUUUUUUAUGGACUUUUUAUCAACAGGCAAACCAAGUGUCAAUUAAAUUCUAUAAAUUACAUACAUUAUUGCAAAAAUAAAAUAAAUAAUAAUUCAAAAAAAAAAAAAAAAACGAGAUAUAGUAAAGUAUUAUUCGUGUCAAUAAUUAUUAGACACACAAGAAUUGCUAUGAACAAAAAUACGUCGCGGAACUGUGAAUUUCUGGUAUUUCCCGUGUAUGUAUUGCAUACCAUCAAUAUUCAUAUUAAUUAUUAUUUGUAACUUGACCUGGAUAUUGAUUAGUACAGAAUGAGAUAUAUUGAGAUACAUUGAGAUCAAUUGAAUUGAAUAAUAAACCGGUUAUGAUAAAUCCACAAGCAGAAUUAAGAAAAUUAUUUCUAAAAAAAAUACAUUUACAACAGUAUAUAUUUUCGAUGUAAAUAUUGAUAAAAAUUGUCGUUGAUGUUGAUUGGAUAUAUACGAGCCAUUAAAGAUAAUAAAUAUUGAUGAAUGAAAAUGGAAAAAAAAAAAAUUACAUUUAAUGAGUUUAUAAGAUAUAUCUGAUAAUUGCUUUUCGAGGGACACGUUUGUCAUUAGUUGCAUCAGAGAUAAAAUAAUAAGUAAAUAAAUAUAAAAUAAAUAUUUUGUAAUGAGAAGAAUAAGGUUUUUUUUUUCGUUGUGUUCGUGUGUCGAGUAACCGGUACUCACAUCGUAAUUUUUUUAUAUAUUUACAAUGAAUAUUUAUUCAUAAAAAUUUAACAGUUUAUUUUUAUUUUUUACGCAUUGUUUGCA